ACGCACGUUCGCAACCCGCAAAGCAUUAGAAAGACACCGGUGAAAGACGCAGCUCAAGAGGGCGCUUUGCAGAAGAUGCUGGGAAAUGUAGUUCCUGGCGGCCGCGUGCGCAGGCGUACUUCCUGGCUUGGGAACCACAUCGCCCGACUGUGCUCUUUAUUUUUCCGUGGAGCAGCUCUGCUUUCUCAGGUCUCUACUUACUUAUAUAAGAUGGCAUCAAGAAGAAGGACCUGACCACUGGCCCCUGACUACAUGGUCUUUGGAACCCGUGGCAUUGGAAGAUGUCAGAGACAUGGCACAUGGAUGUGAUCUUCAAAAACUGUUACAGCCUCAUCUCAUUGGUGAUAUUUGAUGAGCUUCUAGAUUGGUCUACACAUCAAGGUGCUGGAAGUGUCGCGUGCCCAGAGAUGAUGUGGAAGCUGUAUACCCCUUUCCCUUCUGCCCACCUUGCCCUGUGCAUCUCUUCCUGAAUGGCUUUUCCUGAAUUGUAUCCUUUAUAAUAAACUGAUAAAUAGGAAAGAGAUAAUAUCUUCUACUUAAUCCUGGAUACUAUAUCCAAAGUCAGAGCAUCCACUCCAAAGCAGAGAAUUUCUGAAAAACAAAAUAAUGUCAUCAUAUGAUGUUAGAAUUUUUUUUCAAAUGAUGGUUCCUAAUACUUCAUGUUAGAAGAACUCGAAUUUGAUGACCAGUUUGAGAAACACCGGUAUAUCCAGAUUACAAGAAAAAGCGAGUCAAAAGGAUGAUCAUGAAUAUAGCAACUUCGAGGAAACAUUUAAUCAAAGACCAAAGCUUUUUAAACAACUGAGAGUUUUUAUAAGAAAAAGGCCUCAUACAGUAGUCCCCACUUAUUCAUGGGGGAUACAUUUCAAGACCCACAGAGGAUGCCUGAAAUCACUGAUGUACCAAACCCUAACCAGGUUCUUAGGAUGAGCUACUAAAUGACAAAUGGGUGGGUAGUACAUACAGUGUAGAUACACCGGACAAAGAAAUGAUUCACAGCCCAGGCAGGACAGAGCAGAUCACACAAGAUUUCAUCACAGUACUCAGAAAACCACACCAUUUAAAAGUUAUGAAUUGUUUAUUUCUGGAAUUUUCCAUAUAAUAUUGUUGACCACAGUUGCCCAUGGAUAACUGAAACCAUGGAAAGUGGAACCGUGGAUAAGGCAGGACUCCUGUAACUAUGACAUCAAUGGUAGGAACCUGAAGCAUAAUUCUGCUGUAGUGGAUUUUUUCAAAAGAAACUCAUGAAUGAAAAAUAAUUUAUUAGAUAUAAGAAAGGAUGCAUUUGUAUCUCAAACUUUACUUAUUCUGGAAAUAAAUGAAAAGCCAACACCUAUUACAUACCCACAAAAAUGAAAAAAUAAAUAAAUGUAAAGCCGUAGUUCAGUACUGAUGGAAUCUGAGAAAAUUUAUAUGACAGCGAACCCAUACCUCUGUACUGAAUGUGGGAAAGGCUACACUUGUAUUGCAUCCCUGACCCAACAUCAGAAAACACAUAUUGGAGAGAAACCUUAUGAAUGUAAAAUAUGUGGUAAGUCCUUUACCCGGAACACUAAUCUUAUUCAACAUCAAAGAAUACAUACUGGAGAAAAACCUUAUGAAUGUAAUGAAUGUGGGAAAGCUUUUAGUCAGAGCACCAAUCUUAUUCAGCAUCAAAGAGUCCAUACUGGGGAGAAACCUUAUGAGUGUAAUGAAUGUGAAAAAACCUUUAGUCAUAGGUCAUCCCUUAGAAAUCAUGAGAGAAUCCAUACUGGAGAAAAACCCUAUCCUUGUAAUGAAUGUGGGAAAGCUUUCAGCCAUAUCUCUGCCCUUACUCAACAUCAUAGAAUUCAUACUGGAAAGAAACCAUAUGAAUGUACUGAAUGUGGAAAAACCUUCAGCCGCAGCACACACCUAAUUGAACAUCAGGGAAUUCAUUCUGAGGAAAAAUCCUAUCAGUGUAAGGAAUGUCGGAAAGUUUUUUGCCACAGUACAUCACUAAUCCGACAUCAGAGAACCCACACAGGAGAGAAACCAUAUGAAUGUAAUGAAUGUGGGAAAGCUUUCAGCCAUACCCCAGCCUUCAUUCAACAUCAAAGAAUUCAUACUGGAGAAAAACCCUAUGAGUGUUAUGCAUGUGGAAAGGCCUUCAAUCGGAGUGCACAUCUUACUGAACACCAGAGAACUCAUACUGGAGAGAAGCCCUAUGUUUGUAAAGAAUGUGGAAAAACCUUCAGUCGAAGUACACACCUUACUGAACAUCUAAAAAUUCAUUCUGGUGUGAAACCCUAUCGAUGUAAUGAAUGUCAGAAACUGUUUUGCUAUAGAACCUCACUAAUUCGACAUCAGAGGACGCAUACAGGAGAGAAACCCUACCAGUGUAAUGAAUGUGGGAAAUCCUUCAGCUUAAGCUCAGCUCUAACUAAACAUAAGCAAAUACAUAACAAGGGAGAGACCCUAUCAAUGUACUAAGUGUGGUGAUGUCUUUUGUCAUAGUACAUCCUUAAUUCGACAUCAGAAAACUCAUUUCAGAAAGGAAACCUUAGCAGAGUAAUGAGUGUGGGAAAGCCUGCGGUCAGUCAUAGGUUAUUGUUUACACCUGAGCACUCACAGUUCAAGCAACCCUAGGAUUGUUAUGUGAGGAAAAUCUUAGGCAAAACACUCAUUUACUUAAUAUGCUAUUUGUACUGAGAAGAAGGACUAUGCUUAUAAUCUUAAAAAGGUGUUAUUGAAAGAGAAAGUUAUAAUGGAAGUGUUCAUCCAAAACUGAGGUUUGUUUUUUAAAGACAUUUAGAAAGUUAUUUUCAGAGAUAAUUAAAAUGUAUAUAUUUGCUUAUAAAAAAAACUUUUGAAUUACACAGAAAUCUUAGUAAGAUAAGGAAAAUUGUUCACUCUCUGUAUAAUCCCUUUUUUGUUUAUUAAGUCCUAUGUUAUAUUUCAGCAUUCAAGAAACACUUUUAUAGAGGGUUUGAAAAUAAAAUUGACAGAUUUCAUUAAUAGCCAUAGACAAAUAAUGUUUUCUCCCACAAAGAUACUAUGCAUUAUUUUCUAAGAUUUAUGUAAUAUUUUUUAAUGGACUAUAUAUAUGGUUACAAAGAAAAUUGCGAUAAAUUCUCAGAGGGAAAUAUUCAGGCCCUCCCUAAUUUUUUUUCAGUGCAAUGCAGUAAAAAUAUAAAUGAAAACAACUAAAAGUAGCACCCCAACAUGAUUUAGAAAUUUAAAAUAAGUUUCUAAGUAAUUUUGGAGUUAAAGAAUAAAUCUGUACAGGAAAAAAACGUGAUUAUUAGAAGACAAUAAAACUAGAACAAAAAUUGUACAUUGAAUUCAGAAAGGAAAAAGAAGAAUAUAAAUCCAAAGAAAAGAAAAUAAAUGCUUUAAUAAACAUAAAACCACACCUCAAUGAAAUAGUUACAAAAGGUAGAUUUCAUAAGGCAAUAGACAAACUUCUAGCAAGUAGGAAUGAUGGAAAAAGGACAAAAAAUCCAAGAGUAAGAAAAUGAUUAUAAAUAUAUAUGGAAGGAAACUUAAAUACUCGAAGUCAAUCAUUAAGAAAUCCAGCAGUUUAGUAAAGUCAGUACUAAGGUUUAUUUGAGAACUUCUAGACUAUUUCAAAAAUAGAAAUCUACAUUAAUAAACAAAAACCUAUCUUAAUAGAUGCUGUAAAAAUCAAUAAAAUUCUAUAUACAUUGGUGACUUUCUUUAAAGUUAGAAAGAAAAUUCCUUAUAUUGUAUAUUGAUGAUGAGCAUGUAUUAGUGUGUGUUCUCCAGAGAGAGAAGAAAGAGAGAAGGAAGAGAAGGAAUAGAGAGAGAGAGAAAGUAGGAAAGAGAGAGAAAGGAAGGAAGGGAGGAAAGGGAGAGAAAGGCAGGGAGGAAGGGAGAGAGGGAAAGAAGGAAGGAAGAGAGAAAGGAAGGAAGGAGAUGUGCAUGGACAUUAAUGGAGGAUAAGAAGCCCAAGAUCUGCAGUCAGCAAGCUGGAGACCCAGGAGAGCCGAUGGUAAAGUUCUAGUCUUGAGUUUGAGGGCCUGAGUCUUCUGAAGGGCAGGAAAACUGAAGGUGUAAGUUCCAGUCUGAGUCUGCAGGCAGGCAGAAGACUAGUGUCCCAGCUUGAAGACAGGCCGGGAGAGAAGUCUCUUACUCAGCCUUUUAUUCUAUUUGGGCCUACAAUGGAUUGGAUGAGGUCUACAGCCACAUUGAAUAGGGAAAUCUGCUUUACUUAGUCUACUGGUUCAAAUGUUAACCUCUUCUUUGAAACACAUUCAAAGACACCUAGAAAAAAUGUUUAUUCAAAUAUCUGAGCACCACAUAUUUGGACCGUCAAGUUGACACAUAAAAUUAACCAUGAUGGGCUAUUUACUAUAAACCUACAAGAAAAACCAUGAAUAACCCAAAGCAUUCUUACCGAAAAAGGAAUGAGAUAAAUGAUGUUUGAUGCCACCAUUAUUAGUCAAUAUUAUGCUAAAGAUCCCAGGUAAUCCAAUUAGAGAAAAAAAAAAAGAUAGCAAUAAUUUAAAGGAAGAGAAAAACUGUCAUAAUUUGAAAUACAUUCAGUAUUAGAAAAUCCAAUCAGAACUACUAAAAUGAUAUAUGUACAAAACAAUAUAUUAAUAAAAAAGUAGGAGAAAUAGAAAAGGUAGUAGAAAGAAGUGACAUUUACAAUUUUGACAAUCUAAAAAUACCAGGAAUUUUAAAAAUCCAAGAUGUGAUUAGAGAAUAAACCUUUUCUAAAAAAUAUAGAAUAUUAUAAUAAAUGAAAAGAACUGACUGGGAAAAAUUGGAAAAAUAAUGUAAAGAUGCCAGUUUGUAUUUAAUUUAUCUUUGAUUUGUAAAUUUAAUUGAAUCACAAUAUAAAUGGAAUUUUUAAAAUGACAUCUCUAUUAAGAUAUAAUUCACAAGAAACAGCUGCAGACAGAGGCUCCCACUGAGAAGAAUGAAAACAGCGAGUGAAUCCUGCACUGGUGACUGAGGUAUCCAGGUUCUCCUAUUGGGACUUACUAGGCAAUUGGCAUGACCCAUGGAGAGUGAGGAAAAGCAUGGAGAGUGAGGAAAAGCACGGAGAGUGAGGAAAAGCACGGAGAGUGAGGAAAAGCACGGAGAGUGAGGAAAAGCACGGAGAGUGAGGAAAAGCACGGAGAGUGAGGAAAAGCAGGGUGGUGUGACGGCCCACCUGGAAGCCACACAAGGCAAAGGGAGCUACCACCUGCAGCCAAGGGAGGCAGUGAGUUAUUGUGCUACCCUGCCCAGGAAACCACACUUUUUCCAUGGAUCUGUGCAACCCACAGAUCAGGAGAUCCCCUUCGUGAGCCCACACCACCAGGGCCUUGGUGUGUAGCCACAAGGCUGGAGAGAGCCUGCCACAGAGCUGUGCAGAUUCUCAGCAGCCACUAGGCUGGAGACUGCCUAAGGCUGCUGAGUUCCUGCGGGAAGGAGUGGCCACCAUCACUGUGGCUUCCUGCUGCCUAAGAUGACUUGAGUUCCUGGUAGGAGGAGUGGCAGCAAUCACUGCAGCUCCAAUCUGCCAUUUUUCCCCUGCCAGUGCUGGGGAGACUGGGUAGUUUGGACCCAGGAGGAAUUGCCCACAGCACAGCAGCUAUAAAAGGUUAUGACCAGACUGUCUCUUUAGGCCAGGCCCUGAUCAAUCCUCCUCACUGGGUGAGGCCUUCCUGCAGGAACUUCAGCAAUUCCUGCCAGGAGUUUAGAAACAGAACUCUGAUCUCUCUGAGACUGAGCUCUUGUGGGGAGGGGUGGCUGUGGUCUCCAUGGAUCAACAGACUUAGUCUUUUCCCCCUGCUGGCUCUGAGGAAUCCGGACAGUCUGGACGAGUGGGAUUCCACCAGCAUAGCACACCUUCUCUGCCAAGGGGCAGCUAGAGUGAUUUGUUAGGUGGGUCCUGGAUCCCAUGCCUCCUGACUGGGGAGAUCUCCCCAACAGAGGUCACCAGACACCAUAUACAGGAGCAUUCCUGCUGGCCUUAGGUUGGUGCCCCUCUGAGACAGAAAUCCCAGAGGAAGGAGCAGGCAGCCAUCUUUGCUAUUUUCCAGCCUCCACUGGUGAUACCUCCAAGUAUGGGAGGGACCCCCAGCAAAUUGCAGUAGCCCUAUGGGAGUGGAACCUGACUGUUAAAAGAAAAACAAACAGCAACAGCAACAACAGUAUCAACAAAAAAGUCCCACAAAAAAUGUAUCCAAAGGUCAGCAGCCUCAAAGAUCAAAGCUAGAUAAACUCAUGAAAUGAGAAAGAAUCAACAAAAAAAUAACCCCGCUGAAAACUCAAAAAGCCAGAGUGCCUCUUCUCCUCCAAUUGAUUGCAACACCUCUCCAGGAAGGACACAGAACUUGGCAGAGGCUGAGAUGGAUGAAUUGACAGAAGUAGGCUUCAGAAGGUGGGUAAUAACAAACAUUGCUGAGCUAAAGGAGCAUGUUCUAAUCCAAUGGAAAGAAGCUAAGAAUCAUGAUAAAACAUUACAGAAGCUAUUAACCAGAAAAACCAGUAGAGAGGAACAGAAAUGACCUGAUGGAGCAGAAAAACACAACACAAGAACCUCACGAUGAAGCCACAAGUAUCAAUAACCAAAUAGACUGGAGAAAAGAAUUUCAGAGCUUGAAGACUAUCUUGCUGAAAUAAGACGGGCAGACAAGAUUAGAGAAAAAAGAAUGAAAAGGAAUUAACAAAACCUCUGAGAACUAUGGGAUUAUGUAUAAAAGACUGAACCUAUGACUGAUUGGGGUACCUGAGAGAGAAUGGAACCAAGUUGGAAACCAUACUUCAGGAUGUCAUCCAGGAGAACUUCCCCAACCUAACAAGACAAGCCAACGUUCUUAUUCAGGAAGUCCAGAGAACCCCAGUAAGAUAUUCCAUGAGAAGAUCAACCCCAAAACACAUAAUCAUCAGAUUCUCCAAGGUCGAAAUGAAGGAAAAAAUGUUAAAGUCAGCCAGAAAGAAAGGCCAGGUGACCUACAAAGGGGAGCCCAUCAGAAUAACAGCAGACCUCUCAGCAGAAACCCUACAAGCUUGAAGAGGAGGCCAAUAUUCAACAUUCUUAAAGGAAAGAACUUCCAACCCAGAAUUUUACAUACAACCAAACUAAGCUUCAUAAGCAAAGGAGAAAUAAAAUCCUUUUCAGACAAGCAAAUGCUGAGGGAAUUCACUGCCACCAGGCCUCCCUUGCAAGAGCUCCUGAAGGAAGCACUAAAUAUGAAAAGGAAAAAUUAUUUCCAGCCACUCCUAAAACAUGCUGAAGUAUAAAGACCAGUGACACUAUGAAACAACUACAUCAACAAGUCUGCAAAAUAACCAGCUAGCACAAUAAUGACAGGAUCAAAUUCACACAUAACAAUAUUAACUUUAAAUGUAAAUGGGCUAAAUGCCCCAAUUAAAAGACACAGAAUGGCAAGCUGGAUAAAGAGUCAAGACCUACCGGUGUGUUGUAUUCAAGAGACUCAUCUCAUAUGCAAAGACACAUAUAGGCUCAAAAUAAAGGGAUGGCAGAAAAUUUACCAAACAAAUGGAAAGCAGAAAAAAGCAGAGGUUGCAAUACUAGUUUCUGACAAAACAGACUUUCAACCAACAAAGAUCAAAAAACACAAAGAAGGGCAUUACAUAAUGGUAAAGGAUUCAAUUCAACAAGAAGAGCUAACUAUUCUAAAUAUAUAUAUGCACCCAAUACCAGAGCACCCAGACUCAUAAAACAAGUUCUUAGAGACCUACAAAGAGACUUAGAUUCCCACACAAUAACAGUGGGAGACUUUAACAUGCCACUUUCAAUAUUAGAUCAAGACAGAAAAUUAACAAGAAUAUUCAGGACUUGAACUCACCUCUGGAUCAAGUGGACCUGAAAAUUAUCUACAGAACUCUCCACCAAAAAACAACAGAAUGUACAUUCUUCUCGGUGCCACAAUGCACUGACUCUAAAAUUGAUCACAUAAUUGGAAGUAAAACACUCUUCAGUAAAUGCGGAAGAACUGAAAUCAUAAAUCACAGUCUCUCAGAUCACAGCACAAUCAAAUUAGAACACAAGAUUAAGAAACUCACUCAAAACCACACAACUACAUGGAAAUUGAACAACCUUCUCCUGAAUGACUCCUGGGUAAAUAAUUAAGGCAGAUAUCAAAUUGUUUUUUGAAACCAAGGAGAACAAAGAGUCAACAUACCACAAUCUCUGUGAUGCAGCUAAAGCAAUGUUAAAAGGGAAAUUUAUAGCACUAAAUACCCACAUCAGAAAGCUAGAAAGAUCUCAAAUAGACACCCAGAAUCACAAUUAGAAAAAUGAGAACCAAGAGCAAACAAACCCAAAGCUAGCAGAAGACAAGAAAUAACCAAGAUCAGAGUGGACAGAGACACAAAUAACCCUUCAAAAAAAUCAGUGAAUCCAGGAGCUGGUUUUUGAAAAAACUAAUAAAGUAGAUUGCUAACUAGACUAAUGAAGAAAAGAGAAGAAUCAAAUAGACACAAUAAAAAAUGAUAAAGGGGAUAUCACCCCAACCCCACAGAAAUACAACCAACCAUCAGAGACUACUAUAAACACUUCUAUGCAAAUAAGCUAGAAAAUAUAGAAGAAAUGGAUACAUUCCUGGACACAUACACCCUCCCAAGACUGAACCAGGAAGUUGAACCCCUGAAUAGACCAAUAACGAGUUCUGAAAUUAGGCAAUAAUAAGCUACCAACCAAAAAAAAAAAAAAAAAGCCCAGGACCAGAUGGAUUUACAGCUUAAUUCUACCAGGGGUACAAAGAGAAGCUGGUACCAUUUCUUCUGAAUCUGUUCCAAACAAUUGAAAAGGAGGGACUCCUCCCUAACUCAUUUUAUGAGGCCAGCGUCAUCCUGAUAUGAAACCUGGCAGAGAUACAACAAAAAAAGAAAACUUCAGGGCAAUGUCCCUGAUGAACAUCGAUGCAAAAAUUUUCAAUAAAAUACUGGCAAACUGAAUCCAGGAGCACAUCAAAAUGCUUAUCCACUAAUAUCAAAUCAGCUUUAUCCCUGGGAUGCAAGGUUGAUUCAACAUAUGCAAGUCGAUAAAUGUAAUUCAUCACAUAAACAGAACUAAAGACAAAAACCACAUGAUUAUCUCAAUAGAUGCAGAAAAGGACUUUGAUAAAAUUCAACAUCCCUUCAUGUUAAAAACUCUCAAUAAACUAGGUUUUGAUGGAACAUAUCUCAAAAUAGUAAGAGCCACAUGACAAACCUACAGCCCAUAUCAGACUGAAUAGGCAAAACCUGGAAUCAUUCCCCCUUGAAAACCAGCACAAGACAAGGAUGUCCUCUAUCACCACUUCUAUUCAACGUGGUAUUGGAAGUUCUGGCCAGGGCAAUCAGUCAAGAGAAAGAAAUAAAGGGUAUUCAAAUAGGAAGAGAGGAAAUCAAACUGUCUCUGUUUGCAGAUGACAUGACCCUAUAUCUAGAAAACUCCAUUGUCUCAGCCCAAAAGCUUCUUAAGCUGAUAAGCAACUUCAGCAAAGUCUCAGCAUACAAAAUCAAUAUGCAAAAAUCACAAGCAUUCCUAUACACCAACAAUAGGCAAGCAGAAAGCCAAAUCAUAAACUCCCAUUCACAAAUGCUACAAAGAGAAUAAAAUACCUAGGAAUACAGAUAACAAGGGAAGUGAAGGACCUCUUCAAGGAGACUACAAACCACUGCUCAAGUAAAUAAGAGAGGACACAAACAAAUGGAAAUACAUUCCAUGAUCAUGGAUGGGAAGAAUCAGUAUCGUGAAAAUGGCCAUGCUGCUCAAAGUAAUUUAUAGAUUCAAUGCUAUUCCCAUUAAACUACCAUUGACAUUCUUCACAGAAUUAGAAAAAACUACUUUAAUGUUCAUAUGGAACCAAAAAAAGCCCAAAUAGCCAAGACAAUCCUAUGCAAAAAGAACAAAGCUGGAGGCAUCACACUACCCAACUCCAAACUAUACUAUGAGGCUACAGUAACCAAAAGAGCACAGUACUGGUCCAAAAACGACACAUAGACCAGUGGAACAGAAUAGAGAUCUCAGAAAUAAGACCACACAUCUGGAACCAUCUGACCUUCAACAAACCUGAAAAAACAAGCAAUUGGGAAAGGAGUUCCUAUUUAAUAAGUGGUGCUGGGAGAACUGGCUAGCCAUAUGCAGAAAAUUGAAACUGGACCCCUUCCCUACACCUUAUACAAAAAUGAACUCAAAAUGGAUUAAACACUUUAAAACCCAAAACUAUAAAUAUCCUAGAAGAAAAUGUAGGCAAUACCAUUCAGGACAUAGGCACAGGCAAGAUUUCAUGAUGAAAAUGCCAAAAGCUAUUGCAACAAAUGCAAAAAUUGACAAAUGGGAUCUAAUUAAACUAAAGAGCUUCUGUACAGCAAAAGAAACUAUCAUCAGAGUGAACAGAAAAUCUACAGAAUGAGGGAAAACUUUUGCAACCUAUCCAUUUGACAAAGGUCUAAUAUCCAGAGUCUACAAGGAACCUAAACAAAUUUACAAGAACAAAUAAUCCCAUUAAAAAGUAGGCAAAGGACAUGAACAGACACUUCUCAAAAGAAGACAUUUAUGUGGUGAAUAAACAUGAAAAAAAAAAACCAACAUCACUGAUCAUUAGAGAAAUGCAAAUCAAAACCACCAUGAGAUGCCAUCUCAUGCGUCAGUAUUAAAAAGGCAAGAAACAACAGAUGCUGUGGAGAGAUAGGAACAGUUUCACGCUGUUGGUAGGAAUAUAAAUUAGUUCAAUCAUUGUGGAAGACAGUGUGGUGAUUCCUCAAAGACCUCAGACCAGAAAUAUCAUUUGACUCAGCAAUCUCAUUACUGAGUAUAUACCCAAAGGAAUAUAAAUCAUUCUAUUAUGAAGAUACACGCACACGUAUGUUUAUUGCAGCACUAUUCACAAUAGCAAAGACAUGGAAUCAACCCAAAUGCCCAUCAAUGAUAGACUGGAUAAAGAAAAUGGAAUGAUAGACUGGAUAAAGAAAACGGAAUAUUAUGCAGCCAUAAAAAGGAAAGAGAUCAUGUCCUUUGCAGGGCUGUGGAUGGAGCUGGAAGCCAUUAUCCUCAGCAAACUAACACAGGAACAGAAAACUAAACACUGUGUGUUCUCACUUAUAAGUGGGAGCUGAACAAUGAGAACACAUGGACACAGGGAGAGGAACAAUACACACUGGGGCCUGUUGGGGGUGCAGCAAGAGGAGAGGAUCAGGAUCAAUAGCUAAUACAUGUGGGGCUUAAUACCUAGGUGAUGGGUUGAUAGAUGCAGCAAACUACCAUGGCACAUGUUUACUUAUGUAACAAACCUGCAUGUCCUGCACAUGUAUCCUAGAACUUAAAAUUUUUUUAAAAGAUACAAUUCACAUACCCUUUAAAAGUAUACAAUUCCUGGAUUUUAGUAUAUUCACAGCCAUGCAACCAUCACCACCAUGUGAUUUCAGAACAUUUUCAUCAUCCAAAAAAAAAAAAAAAAAAACCAGCCAGGUGUGGUGGCUUAUUCCUGUAAUCCCAACACUUUGGGAGGCCAAGGCGGGUGGAUCAUUUGAGGUCAGGAGUUUGAGACCAGUCUGGCCAACAUGGUGAAACUCCGUCUCUACUAAAAAAUACAAAAAUUAUCUGGGCGUAUUGGUGGGCACCUGUAAUCCCAGCUAUUCAGGAGGCCGAGGUGGGAGAAUUGCUUGAACCUGGGAGGCAGAGGUUACAGUGAGCCGAGAUUGUGCCAUAGAACUCCAGCCUGGAGCAAGACAGAGCAAGACUCUGUCUGGAAAAAAAAAUUAUCCCCAUUGCCCCUCUCUCUUAGCCCCUGGCAACCACUAAUCUACUUUCUCUUUCUAUGAAUGUGUAUAUUCUGACCAUUUCAUUUAAAUGGAAUCAGAAUAUGUGGCUAUUUGUGGCUGGCUUCUUUCACUUCACAUAAUGUUUUCAAGGUUUGUCUGUGUUGUAGCAUAUUUCAGUACUUCAUUUUUAAUAGAUAAAUAAUAUUCUACAAUAUGGACAUAUCACAUUUUGUUUAUUCAUCCAUCAAUUGAUAAACCUUUGGGCUGUUUCCUCUUUUUGGUUGUUAAUAAUGCUGCUCUGAAUAUUCAUGCACAAAUUUUGUGUGGACAUGUUUUCAGUUCUCUUGGGUACAGCUAGGAAUGAAUUGCUGGGGUCAUAUGUUAACUCUAUUUUUCCUUCUUUUGAGAAACAUUCAACAGUUUUCUAAAGCAUGUGUACCAUUUUACAAGCCCACUGGUAACGUACAAGUACUCUAAUUUCUCCACAUCCUCAACAGCGCUUGCAGUUUUUUUCCAUUUAAAAAUAAUUAUAGCCAGCCUAGUGGAUGUGAAGUGGUAUCUUAGUGUGGUUUUGAUUUACAUUUCCCUGAUGACUAAUGAGGUCAAACAUCUUUUUAUGUGCUUAUUAUUCAUGUAUAUAUUUUGAGAAAUGUCUAUUUAGAUUCUUUGAUUAUUUUCAAUUAGUUAAUUUUUUAUUGUUGUAUGGUAAGAAUUCUUUAUAUAUUCUGGAUUUUGGGCCCUUAUAUGAUUUGCAAAUGUUUUUUUCUAUUCUGUGGGUUGUCUUCUCACUUCUCCAUGAUGUUCUUUGAAGCACAAAGGUUUUAAUUUUGAUGUAGUCCAGUUUAUUUUUUUCUUUUGUUAGUUUUUCCUUUUGCUAUAACACCAGGUCACAAAGAUUUACUCCUAUAUUUUUUCUUAAAGUUUUUAUAGUUUUGGCUUUUAACUUUUAGGUCUGUGAUCCAUUUUGAGUUAAUUAUUUUGUAUAUGGUGUGAAGUAGGGAUCAAUUUCAUUCUUUUGCAUGUGGAGAUUCAGUUGGUCCCAGCACCCUUUGUUGAAAAGACUAUCUUUCCCACAUUUGUCUUGAUACCCUUGUCCUCAAUGAGAUUUUAAAAUGUAAUUUAGCACCCUAAAAUUUAAUACAUAAGAACAACCAAAAGAAUCUUAAAAGUUAGAAACAACAAAGGGAAUUGUCCUCUAAGUAAUUCAAAUGUCAAUCUUUAGGAAAUAGUUUAUAUACCAUAGAUGAAAUAAAUGGAUCAAUAAAGUAGGAAACAAAGAGAAAUGUGUAUGUAUAUGAGAAUUUGAUAUAUGAUAACAAUAACAUCUCAAAACAGUAGAGAAGGAAUAAACUAGUCAGUAAGUGAUAUUGGGAAAAUUAGCUAUUUAUUUGAAAAAAAUUUACCUCAUAACAUAUAAGUUCCAGAAGGAAAUAAGUGACUACCAUGUUUUUGAGACAAGGUCUCACUCUGUUGCCUAGGCUGGAGUGCAGUGGUACAAUCAGGGCUCACUGUACCUUUGAUCUCCCAGGCUCGAGCAUCCUCCCACCUCAGCCUCAAAAGUAGCUGGGACCACAGGUGCACACUACUAUGCCUAGCUAAUUUUUUUAUUUUUUAUUUUGUGGAGAUGGGGGCGCUCACUAUGGAGAUGGGGGUGCUCACUAUGUUGCCCAGGCUGGUCUUGAACUCCUGAGCUCAGGCUAUCCUCCGACCAUGGCUUCCCAAAGUGCUGGGAUUACAGGCAUGAAUCAAUGAGCCCAGCCAUGACUACCAUUCUGUGGUAGUUUACCAAGAGACAAGAGCUAGGCACACAAAUAUGAGGUUUUCUUCAGAUCCUUCCAUAAGUACUAUUUAAUAAACACAAGUUUAAGAAGAGUUUUGAAAAAGUUAUAUUAUUACCAUUGAUAGAAUUAUAAUAGCAUAGCUCUCUUCAAAUCAUUACCAAAAAAAGGAAAAAAGAAAACAACAUGGCUUUGGGUGAAAAACAUAAAAAAGAAAUAAACCUAAAACAAAGUAACAAGUAAGAGUAAGUAUAACUAUUAUAAAGAUGAAGUCCUCUUUAGAAAGUUAUAACUUUUAGAUUAGAUUCACAAGGAGGAGAACAUUUAUUGGUUGCUAAAUGAAAUAAUAUAAGAACUUAAGGUUCUAAGAUUAUCUAACUUGUCCAUGGCCACCCAGCUUCUAAAUGGCAGAACUGGGAUUAAAAAAACAAAAUAUAUCUAAAAUAAAAUUGUGCAAAAAGUUUCAUAACAAAGGUAAAUAUGUAGCACUGUAAUUACAAAGCUUGUAUAAAAUGUUGCAAUGAUACUGUACACAAGGGCUUAUGCCAUCGAGUAGAGCCCAAGACUGGGCAGAAUAUGGACAGAGGAACCUAAAAGAAUGUAUGUUUAUUCCAUAGGACUGCUGUAACCAGUUACCAUGAACCUGGUAGCUUAAACAGAAAUUUAUUCUCUCGCAGUUUUGGAGGCCUGAAGUCUGAAAUUAGGGUGUCAGCCAAGCCACACUCCCUUUGGAGGCUGUAGGGGAGAAUGCUUUCUCGCCUGUUCCAGAUUCUCGUGGCUCUCAGCCUUCCUUUUGGCUGCAUCACUCCAAUCUCCACUUCCAUUUUUACAUGACCUCCAGUGUCUGUCUUCUCUUCUUUCUCUUAAAGUGUCUCUUAAAGACACUUGUGAUUGAAUUUAGGGCACACAGGGGUAAUCCAGGAUGAUCUCAUCUCUAGACCCUUAAUUAUAUUUACAAAGACCCUUUUUCCAAGUAAGAACCUGACAUUCGCAGAUUCAAGGGAUUUAGACCAAUAUUUGGAGGGGGGAGGGCAUGUUUCAACUCACUAUAGUAUUUAAAACUAGAGGGAAAUAUGAAUCACAACUGAGGCAGAAUGCAAACAGAUAAAGCCAUUCUGAAUGUUAGGUAUAAAAGGUGAGGCAAAUCUUGAGGUCAGAAAUCCUGGAUGAUUGUUCAUAGGUUAGAACAUGGAAUGUAAAGUUAGGCUAGGCCAGUGGUCUGCAAACAGGAAUCUCUGGAGGUACAUGGAAACACAAGUAGAUAUGGUUUGAAGAUAGUCAAUUUCUAGACCCUCUUUCCUAAAAUGUAUUUGUCUUAAAAUGGACCUGUAUUCACAAUAACUCUUUUCCAGUAUCCCAUAAGAAAAUUCCUCACCUGUCCCAAACUUUACUUCUGGAUUGCCAAACAAAAGGAAAGAAUUCUUUAGUGAUUAAUGGAGACACCAUAAGUCCCUAUGGCUUCCUUCUAUCAAGGAUGAAGUAUGGGAUUCAAAAUAGGGUAUUUUGGCCAGUGUUAGGAUAUUCUACAAUGAGAUUAUGGUAGAAGGCAUAGUGGAAGCAAUGAAAAAUUUUAAAAACUUCUUUUAUCUCCACAACUGUUGCUAAAAAAUGUCUUGCUCUUGAGGGAGGGUCCCUUGAGAAUACAAAAAAGAACAUUAGAAAUAUUAAAAGAUAAACAUGGCAUUUAUGUAGUUAAACAUAAGCAAUUAUUUCAUCUAUAUUAAUCUCCCAUCCCUAGGUGCAUGCUUAGCUUAAAAGAAAAGCAUCUUUAACAGGAGCACUAGAGAUCUAUAGCACUAUACUUGAUCUUCCACUUCACAUGCAGGAAGAGGUGGUCUUAUAUGAGGCUUUACAAGGAUUCCUAAGCAGGGCUGCUAUGGUUUGAAUGUUUGAAUGGACCGGGCAUGGUGGCUCAUGCCUGUAAUCUCAGCACUUUGGGAGGCCAAGACGGGUGGAUCACUUGAGGUCAGGAGUUCGAGACCAGCCUGGGCAACAUGGGGAAACCCCAUGUCUACUAAAAAUACAAAAAUCAGCCAGGCAUGGUGACACACACCUGUGAUCCCAGCUACUUGGGAGGCUGAGGCACAAGAAUUGCAUGAACCCGAGAGGAGGAGGUUGCAGUGAGCCAAGAUUGCACACUGCACUCCAGCCUGAGUGACAGAGAAAGACUGUCUCAAGAAAAAAAAAAAAGUUUCAACUCAUGUUGAAACUUAAUCCCCAAUGCAAAAGUGUUGGGAGGUGAGGCCUAAUGGGAGGUGUUUAGGUCAUGAGGACUGAGGACUUCCCCCUUCAUGAAUGGAAUGCUACUAUAAAAUGGAAUGGAUUUGCUCUUUUCUGCUUUUCUGCCAUGUGAGGAACAGUGUUCCUCCCACUCCUCAAGAGGAUGCAGUGUUCAAGGUGCCAUCUUAGAAGCAGAGACUGGGCCCUUUCCAGACACCAAAACCUGCCAUCACCUUGGACUUCUCAGCCUCUAGAACUGUGUAAAAUAAAUUUCUGUUCCUUAUAAAUUACCCAGUCUCAGGUAUUGUUAUAGCAGCACAAAAUGGACUAAGACAGUGGCAAAUGGCUUGGCUGGUUGGGCGGAGACAUGAAAGGAUUAAUAAUUGGGAUACUGUAGAUAAGGAAGUCUAGGCAAGAGGCAUAUAAAUGGAUCUAUGGGAUUGUGCACAGACUGAAAAAUUUUGUGUUGUAGAGAGAAUCUCAUGAAAAAUGGGCAUUAAACAAGUAUACAAGGAGCCAGUCUCUGUCUUUUGCUACCAUGGUUCUGUGCAAUGGGCUCAUGAAUUAAGAAACCAUGAUUGCAGGGAUGUAGGUGUUACAUGGGCCCAACAACAUGGUCUCUUUAUCACCAAGGCUGAUUCAGCUAUUGUUGUUGUUGAAUGACUGAAGCUUCAGCUGCAGAAACUGACUGUAAGCCUCUGUGUGGUAACAUCCUUUAGGAGAUCAGCCAGCCAUAUGGUGGCAAGCUGAUUAAAAUGGACGCUUUUUAUUUAGGAAGAAGCACUGAUUUGUUCUUACUGGAACUGGCAACUACACUGGAGGUGGGUUUACCUUCACCUUCUUCAGUGACUGACUGUAUCGCUAUUUGAGGAGCUUACUGAGUGGCUAAUUUAUGAAUGUGGGAACCUGCAAAACAUUGCUUCAGACCAAUGUACCCAUUUUACAGUGAAGGAUGUAUGACAGUGUGUGUAUGCUCAUGAGAUCAUACACAUGAGUAGAUCAUGAGAUCUACAGGUCUUACCAUAUACCAUAUCACCUAGAAGUUGACAUACUAAUUUUGAAAUGGCUUCUUUAAGACUAAGCUAAAGGCCGGUGCCUCAUACCUGUAAUUCCUGCACUUUGGGAGGCUGAGGUAGGAGGAUCGCUUGAGCUCAGGAAUUCAAGACCAGCCUGAGAACAUGAUGAAAUCCCAUCUCCACAAAAGAUACCCAAAUUAGCUGGCUUGCUAACAUGUGCCUAUAGUACCAGUUACUCGGGAGGCUGAGGUGAGAGGAUCACAUGAGCCCAGAAGGUCGAUGCUGCAGUGAGCUGUGAUUGCACCACUGCCCUCCAGCCUGGGCAAAAGAAUGAGACCCUGUCUCAAAAAAACGAAGACUCAUCUAAGGCACCAGUUUAGGAAUGACACCAUUCAGGGUUAGGGUGCUCUUGUCCAAGUUGUGGUACAUAUACUGAAGCUAUUGCCUAACAAAUUGUUCUCUAUCCCCAGUAGCUAUUAUACACAGGUCCAGUAACCAAGGGUGAAAGUAGAAUUGGCUUUUCUCACCAUUAUUCCCAGAGUCCCACUAAUCUUUCUUUUCCCGUAAACUUAGGCUGUGCUAGUUUAAAGGUUCUGUUUCUUAGGGCAGGAGUUCCACUGACCAUGAAGCUAUGGCUGCUGCCUGGUCUUUGGGUCCCUCAUUUUAAUAGAUCGACAGGUUAAACAUACAUACAUAUAUAUGUGGGUAGAUGCCAUUUAUGAGAUUGAGGAAGUUUUUCUAGUUCUACUUUGCUGAGAAUUUCAUGUUAAAUUUCCUCAAAUGCUUUGUCUAUAUCUAUUGAAAUAAUCAUAUGGAUUUUCACCUUUAUUUUUAAUUUUUUAAAAUUAUACUUUAAGUUCUGGCAUACAUGUGCAGAACAUGCAGGUUACAUAGGUAUACAUGUGCCAUGGUGGUUUGCUGCACCCAUCAACCUGUCAUCUACAUUAGGUAUUUCUCCUAAUGCUAUCCCCUCCCCUUGUCCCCCCAUCCCCUGACAGGCCCUGUUGUGUGAUGUUCCCCUCCCUGUGCCCAUAUGUUCUCAAUGUUCAACUCCCACUUAUGAGUGAGAACAUACGGUGUUUGGUCUUCUGUUCCUGUGUUAGUUUGCUGAGAAUGAUGGUUUCCAGCUCCAUCCAUGUCCCUGCAAAGGACAUGAACUUUCUUUUUUAUGGCUGCAUAGUGUUCCGUGGUGUAUAUGUGCCACAUUUUCUUUAUCCAGUCUGUCAUUGAUGGGCAUUUGGGUUGGUUCCAAGUCUUUGCUAUUGUGAAUACUACUGCAAUAAAUGUAUGUGUGAAUGUGUCUUUAUAGUAGAAUGAUUUAUAAUCCUUUGGGUGUAUAUCCGGUAAUGGGAUUGCUGGGUCAAAUGGUAUUUCUAGUUCUAGAUCCUUGAGGAAUCGCCACACUGUCUUCCACAAUGGUUGAACUAAUUUACACUCCCACCAACAGUGUAAAAGCAAUCCUAUUUCUCCACAUCCUCUCCAGCAUCUGUUGUUUCCUGACUUUUUAUGAUCGCCAUUCUAACUGGUGUGAGAUGGUAUCUCGUGGUUUUGAUUUGCAUUUCUCUAAUGACCAGUGAUGAUGAGCUUUUUUUCAUAUGUUUGUUGGCCACAUAAAUAUCUUCUUUUGAAAAGUGUCUGUUCAUAUCCUUUGCCCACUUUUUGAUGGGGUUGCUUUUUUUCUUUUAAUUUGUUUAAAUUCCUUGUAGAUUCUGGACAUUAGCCCUUUGUCAGAUGGAUAGAUUGCAAAAAUUUUCUCCCACUCUGUAGGUUGCCUGUUCACUCUGAUGAUAGUUUCUUUUGCUGUGCAGAAGCUCUUUAAUUGGAUCCUAUUUGUCAAUUUUGGCUUUUGUUGCAAUUGCUUCUUGUGUUUUAGUCAUGAAGUUUUUGCCCAUGCCUAUGUCCUGAAUGGUAUUGCCUAGGUUUUCUUCUAGGGUAUUUAUGGUUUUAGGUCUUAUGUUUAAACCUUUAAUCCAUCUUGAGUUAAUUUUUGUAUAAGGUGUAAGGAAGGGGUCCAGUUUCAGUUUUCUGCAUAUGGCUAGCCAGUUUUCCCAACACCAUUUAUUAAAUAGGGAAUUCUUUCCCCAUAGCUUGUUUUUGUAAGGUUUGUGAAGAUCAGAUGGUUGUAGAUGUGUGGUGUUAUUUCUGAGGCCUCUGUUCUGUUCCAUUUGUCUAUAUAUCUGUUUUGGUACCAGUACCAUGCUGUUUUGGUUACUGUAGCCUUGUAGUAUAGUUUGAAGUCAGGUAGUAUGAUGCCUCCAGCUUUGUUGUUUUUGCUUGGGAUUGUCUUGGUUAUAUGGGCUCUUUUUUGGUUCCAUAUGAAAUUUAAAGUAGUUUUUCCUAGUUCUGUGAAGAAAGUCAAUGGUAGCUUGAUGGGAAUAGCAUUGAAUCUAUAAAUUACUUUGGGCAGUAUGGCCAUUAUCACAAUAUUGAUUCUUCCUAUCCAUUAGCAUGAAAUGUUUUUCCAUUUGUUUGUAUUCUCUCUUAUUUCCUUGAGCAGUGGUUUGUAGUUCUCCUUGAAGUGGUCCUUCACAUCCCUUGUAAAUUGUAUUCCUAGGUAUUUUAUUCUUUGUAGCACUUAUGAAUGGGAGUUUACUCAUGAUUUGGCUCUCUAUUAUUGGUGUAUAGGAAUGGUUGUGAUUUUUGCACAUUGAUUUUGUAUCCUGAGACUUUGCUUAUCAGCUUUAGGAGUUUUUGGGCUGCAACCAUGGGGUUUUCUAAAUAUACAAUUAUGCCAUCUACAAACAGAGAUAAUUUGACUUCCUCUCUUCCUAUUUGAAUAUCCUUUAUUUCUUUCUCUUGCCUGAUUGCCCUGGCCAGGACUUCCAAUACUACGUUGAAUAGGAGUGGUAAGAGAGGGCAUCCUUGUGCCAGUUUUCAAAGGGAAUGCUUCCAGCUUUUGCCCAUUCAGUAUGAUAUUGGCUGUGGGUUUGUCAUAAAUAGCUCUUAUUAUUUUGAGAUACGUUCCAUCAAUAUCUAGUUUAUUGAGUGUUUUUAGGAUGAAGGGGUGUUGAAUUUUAUUGAAGGCCUUUUCUGCAUCUAUUGAGAUAAUCAUGUGGUUUUUGUCAUUGGUUCUGUUUAUGUGACGGAUUAUGUUUAUUGAUUUGCAUAUGUUGAAACAGCCUUGCAUCCCAGGGAUGACGCCGACUUGAUCGUGGUGGAUAAGCUUUUUAAUCUGCUGCUAUAUUUGGCUUGCCAGUAUUUCAUUGAGGAUUUUUGCAUCAAUGUUUAUUAGGGAUAUUGGCCUGAAAUUUUCUUUUUUUGUUGUGUCUCUGCCAGGUUUUGGUAUCAGGAUGAUGCUGGUCUUAUAAAAUGAGUUAUGGAGGAGUCCCUCUUUUUCUAUUGUUUGGAAUAGUUUUAGAAGGAAUGGUACCAGCUCAUCUUUGUACCUCUGGUAGAAUUUGGCUGUGAAUCCAUCUGGUCCUGGGCUUUUUUUAGUUGGUAGGCCAUUAGUUACUGCCUCAAUUUCAGAACUUUUAUUGGUCUAUCCAGGGAUUCGAUUUCUUCCAGGUUUAGCCGUGGGAGGGUGCAUGUGUCCAGGAAUUUAUCCAUUUCUUCUAGAUUUUCUAGUUUAUUUGUGUAGAGGUGUUUGUAGUAUUCUCUGAUGUUAGUUUGUAUUUCUGUGGGAUCAGUGGUGAUAUCCUUUUUAUCAUUUUUUAUUGUGUCUAUUUGAUUCUUCUCUCCUUAUUAGUCUGGCUAGCGGUCUAUUUUGUUAAUGUUUUCAAAAAACCAGCUCCUGGAUUCAUUGAUUUUUUGAAGGGAUUUUCAUGUCUCUAUCUCCUUAAGUUCUGCUCUGAUCUUAGUUAUUUCUUGUCUUCUGCUAGAAGUGGGGUGCAGAGAGAGGGACAGAAAAGAGUGAGUGGGAUGCUGACAUCACCAUCUUAGUUCGGUGAAAUAAUUAGACCAGGCUUCAAGUCGCACCAGAAGCCAACUAUGGCCCCACUUACAAGUGUUCUGGCUCCACCCAGCAGCCACCAACCUUCAACGCCAGCUUCCCAGAGCCCUGCCUUUUACUGCAACUGCUGAUUUGCCUGGCAGGUUUUUGCCUCUCAUUUUUGCAUGCAUAGAACCUGGGGCCAGCAAGAGCUCUGCUAGUCUGACAGGGGGCUGAAGGGAGUCAGCAUUCAGAUGCCAGGGAAUUUCCAUUAAAAUGGAAGAAAAUUAAGAAAUGAAUUAAAUUCUCAACUCAAAAAACUAGUAAAAACAUUAAUAUAGAAACAAAAGAAACAAAAUAAUAAAGACAAAAGCAGAUAUUGGUGAUGUAUAAAACCAAAAGGCAGUAGAACUAAUAUAUAAGUAAAAAUCCUCAUUUAUUGGUUUACUUGUAAUUUCUUUCCCUCCUCUUUAUUCCUCCAUCUCCUUCUUUUCAACAGGGUGACACAUUCAACUGGAGAGGGAGUGCUUCACCCUCUUCAGUCAGCUAUUUGUGCUUGUGCUCACUUUCAUGUUGGGACUUUCCUUUUUUUUUUUUUUUUUUUUUGAGAUGGAGUCUCCCUCUGUCACUUAGACUGGAGUGCAGUGGCGCGACCUCGGCUCACUGAAACUUCCGCCUCCCAAGUUCAAGCGAUUCUCGUGCCUCAGCCUCCUUGCUGGGACUACAGGCGUGCACCCACCACACCCAGCUAAUUUUUUUUUGUAUUUUUAGUAGAGAUGGGCUUUCACCAUGUUGGUCAGGCUGGUCUUGAACUCCUGACCUCAAAUAAUGCGCCCACCUUGGCCUCCCAAAGUGCUAGGAUUACAGACAUAAGCCACCUUGCCCGGCCCCAGGACUUUCGUUUCAUGUUAUCCUAGGAGUUCCCUUUACUUCUUUCUUGUGUAUAAUCUCCUAUUUCCUGGAUCCCAGAUCUUUCUUAGUUUCUCCCCUCAUUUCAUGAAUUUCUUCCUCCAGCAACUUCCCAAGAAAGAAUACAUGGAAGUAAAAUUUUCAGCUUCUCAUAUGUAAAACCGUUCUACUCUUACACGUGAUUGAUAGUUUGGCUGGAUAUAGAACUCUAGGUUAAAUACAGAUAUUGGCAGGGUAUAAAAAAAAGAAAAACAAAAUGAAAAAGAACUCUAGGUUAAAAAUCAUUUUUCCUCAGGAAUUUGAAGGCAUUUCUCUAUAAUUUUCUAGCUUCCAGUGUUCCUGUUAAAAAUGUCAUUCUGAUUUAGCAUGUGACCUGUUUUUCUUUCCUUUUUUGUUUGUUUCAGAGGGAAUUUUGGUCUGUUGCCAAGGCUGGAGUGCAGUGGUGCAAUCUCAGCUCGCUGCAACCUCCCUCUCCUGGGUUCAAAUGAUUCUCCUGUAGCAGCCUCCUGAGUAGCUGGGAUUACAGGCACACACCAUUACACCCAAGUAAUUUUUAUAUUUUCAGUGGAGAUGAAGUUCUCCAUGUUGGCCAGGCUGGUCUCGAACUCCUGACCUCAGGUGUUCCUCCUGCCUCAGCCUCCCACAGAGCUGAGAUUACAGGCAUGAGCCACCACGCCCAGCUGGUUCUUUUUCUUGAGUCUUCUAAAUUUAAGUGUGAUGUGCCUUGCUUUUGGCUUUUUCAUUCACUAGUAUAUAAAUCAGUGGUUGUAUCAUUUUACAUUCUAUCAACAAUGUAUGACAAUUCUGGUUGCUCCACAUUCUUCUAAUAUUUCAUGUUGUGAGGUUUUUGUGUGUUUUUGUCAUUCUGGUUAGUGUGUAGAGAUAUAUAAUAGUUUUAAUUUAAAAAUAUAAAUAAUAAAAUAUCAUUUAAACUUUCCCCCUUCCUAAAAGACAGCAAUAUUCUUUUUGGUUUAGGAAUUUGCAAACCAGACUUAUAUGCUAUUGCUGAAGGUAUAAGUUUGUGCAGACUUUUUAGUGGGGAAAUUGUAUUAGACCAUUCUUGCAUUGCUAUGAAGAAAUACCUGAGACUGGGUAAUUUAUAAAGAAAGAGGUUUAAUUGGCUUGUGGUUCUACAGGCUGUAUAGGAAAACAGUGCUGGCAUCAGCUUCUGGGGAAGCCUCAGGGAGCUUUUAUGCGUGGCAGAAGAAGCAGCAAGAGCAGGCACAUCAUAUGGCAAAAACAGGAGCAAGAAAGAGAGAGAGAGAGUGAGGGGGAGGUGCCACACACUUUAAAUCACCAGAUCUGGUGUGAACUCAGAGUGAGAGCUCACUUCUCACCAAGGGGAUGGCCCAAGCCAUUCAUGAGGGAUCUGUCCUCAUGAUCCAAUCACCUCCCACCAAACCUCACCUCCAACAUUGAGGAUUACAAUUGAACAUGAGAUUUUGGUGGGGACAAAUAUACAAACUAUACCAGAAAUUAUUUCUUCAACAUCUCUUUUUUUUGAGACAGGGUCUCACUCUGUUACCCAGGUUUGAGUGCAGUGGUGCCAUCAUGGAGUGGAGGAAACUCACUGAAUCUUCUGGGCUCAAGUGGUCCUCCCACUUCAGCCUCCUGAAUAGCUGAGACUACCGGUGCCCAUCACAACACAGGGCUAAUUUUUAAGUUUUUCAUAGAGGUAGGGUCUCACUAUGUUGCCCAGGCUGAUCUCCAACUCCUAGCCUCAAGCAAUCUUCCCUACCCAACCUUCCAAAGUGCUGAGAUUACAGAUGUGAGCCACCACACCUGACCCAGAUCUUCAUUUAGUGCCAACUAUGUCAUGAAUAUAAUGGGAAAUAAGACAAGGUCAUGCCUCCACCAAAAAGACAGACAAUAUAAAAAUAAGUAAAAACAAAAUCUUACACAUUAUUAUCAGUUCUAGGAAGAAAAUAAAUAGAGUGCCACAAAGUAAAGAACAGAUAUGCAAACCUGGAUGGCAGGGUCAUGGAAGGCUCUUCAAGGAGGUACUACUUAAGCAGUUUGGAUACAUAUUUAAAGGUAAAAUGUGCUUACCUUUUGACAAGAAAAUUCACCUUCUAGAAAUCUGGAUUACAGAAAUACAUACACAUACAAAAAUUUAUAUCAAAGAUGUUUGCUAGUUCUUCCUCCCUUGCCCCAUCACAAUCCAUUCUUGCUUAUAGCAUACACUGUGAUCUAAAAACUCAAAUCUGAUAGUUACUUCUUUGCUUAAAACCCUUCAGUGACUUGCACUUUAAAUAAAAUUCAAACUCCUUACUUUAUUUUAUUUAUUUAUAUUUUUGAGGUGGAGUCUUGCUCUGUUGCUCAGGCUGGAGUGCAGUGGUGCAAUCUCGGCUCACUGCAAGCUCCGCCUUCUGGGUUCAUGCCAUUCUCCUGUCUCAGUCUCCUGAGUAGCUGGGACUACAGGCACCCACCACCACACGAGGCUACUUUUUUGUAUUUUUAGUAGAGAUGGGGUUUCACCGUGUUAGCCAGGAUGGUCUCGAACUCCUGACCUUGUGAUCCACCCGCCUCAGCCUCCCAGAGUGCUGGGAUUACAGGUGUGAGCCACCGCGCCCAGCCACAAACUCCUUACUUUAUAAGGCCCCACAUAAUCUAGUCACUCUCCCUAUAUAGCUUAAUUUAUUUCAUACCAUUUUCCCUUUCUCCUUAUGACCCAGCCACCCUGGUCUGUUUUCUGUCACAUAAGCCAAGCCUUUGCACUCACUGUUCUUUGUCUUAAACCCCUUCCCACAUGCUUCAUAUGGUUAAUAAAUUGUCAUACUUUGGGUCUCAGCUUAAGUCUGCCAAGAGUGAUCCUCUUGACCACAUAGGUAGUUUAUGUUCUGCUAACUUGGUUAAGCUUGGAACUAUACUUCUCAGAAUUACUUUCUGUAUGGUUCCAGGUUUGAGUUAUUCAAAAAAGGGACUUGCAUGAAAAAUAGAAAGUAUAAGUAAAGCUAUGACCACUACUCUGAUAGUCAUCAGAAAGAAUGUGGUGCUUGGUUUUCUGUUCCUGUGUUAGUUUGCUGAGGAUAAUGGCUUCCAGCUCCAUCCAUGUCCCUGCAAAGGACAUGAUCUUUCCUUUUUAUGGCUGCAUAGUAUUCCAUGGUGUAUAUGUACCACAUUUUCUUUAUCCAGUCUAUCAUUGAUGGACAUUUGGGUUGAUUCCAUGUCUUUGCUAUUGUGAAUAGCUGCAAUGAACAUACGUGUGCAUGUAUCUUUAUAAGACAAUGAUUUAUAUUCCUUUGGGUAUAUACUCAGUAAUGGGAUUGUUGGGUCAAAUGGUAUUUCUGGUUCUAGGUCUUUGAGAAAUCACCACACCAUCUUUCAUAAUAGUUGAACUAAUUUACACUCCCAACAAUGUAAAGGCAUUCCUUUUUCUCAACAACCUCACCAGCAUCUGUUAUUUCUUGACUUUUUAAUAAUUGUCUUUCUGGCUGGCAUGAGAUGGUAUCUCAUUGUAGUUUUGAUUUGCAUUUCUCUAAUCAUCAGUGAUGUUGAGCUUUUUUUCAUGUUUGUUGGCCAUAUAAAUGUCUUCUUUUGAGAAGUGUCUGUUCAUGUCCUUUGUCUACUUUUUAAUGGGGUUGUUUGCUUUUUCUUGUAAAUUUAAGUUCCUUGUAGACUCUGGAUAUUAGACUUUGUCAGACAGAUAGAUUGAAAAAAUUUUCUUCCAUUCUGUAGGUUGAUAGUUUCUUUUGCUGUGCAGAAGCUCUUUAGUUUAAUUAGAUCCCAUUUGUCAAUUUUUGCUUUUGUUGCUAUUGCUUUUGGCAUUUUCAUCAUGAAAUGUUUGCCCAUGCCUAUGUCCUGAAUGGUAUUGCCUAGAUUUCCUUCUAGGGUUUUUAUGGUUUUGGAUUUUACAUUUAAGUCUUAUUUAAUCCAUGUUGAGUUAAUUUUUGUAGAGGGUGAGCCUACUUCCAUCAAUUCAUUCCUCUCAGCCUCAGCCCAGUUCUAUAUCCUUGCUGGAGAGGUGUUGUGGCCAUUGGAGGAGAAGAGACACUCUGGCUUUUUGAGUUUUCAGUGUUUUUAUGUUGAUUCCUUUUCAUCUUUGUGGGCUUAUCUACCUUUGAUCUUUGAGGUUGCUGAUAUUUAAAUGGGACUUUUGUGGGGUCUUUUUUGUUGAUGUGGUUGUUGCUUUCUGUUUUUCUUUAACAGUCAGGCCACUCUCCCGUAGGGCUGCUGCAGUUUGCUGGGGGUCCAUUCCAGACUCUAAUCACCUAAAUCCCUCCUGCACAUGGAGGUAUCACCAGUGAAGCCUGAGAAACACCAAAGAUGGCAGUCUGCUCCUUCCUCAAGACUGUAUAUCUACCCAAUAGAAUACUAUAAAAUCACUGCAUGUCCACACAAGGAAUGCUGCACCAUCAAAUACUACACAAUGAACAAGUCUAUACAUUCUGAUAUAGAAAUUUCUCUUAAGACAUACUGUUAUAUAUAAAAAACAAAUUGUAGAUCAAUACAUACAAUACAGUCCAAUUCACAUAAACAAAACUGUGUGUAUAUACAUAUAUGUGAACUAAAAAAAUAUUGAGACAUAUAGACCAAAUUGUUAAUGACAGUUAUAUUUGUGGAGGUGAAUAAAACUGGGGUUUAAGAAAGGAGUUAGGAUUGCUCCAUAUACAUCUGUUUGCUUGCAUUUUUAAGUAAAAUAUAUGUGUGUAUACCUUGUGUAAUUAACAAAGUAAACCAACAUAAAAAGAAAAAUUAUCAUGACCAGUAGAGGUUGUGUUUACAGUACAAUAAAUUUCUCUUUACAAAAAAUAUUACACAAGAAACUUGUAAUAAUUAUGCUUAAAAAAUAUAUUCACCCAAAACAAACAUUACCCGUGAUCUCAACAUUCAGAGAUAACAACUGCAGAGAUACUGAAUUCUUUUCCAAAUAGCAUAACACAGUACAAAACAUUUGAAACAUGUUUCUCCCCCCAACCCCACACUCAACAAUAUAUAAUUUAUCUUUAAAGGUCAGUAAACACACAACCUCCAAACACUGCCCUUCGCAGAUACCCCCACCACUGAGCCAUGCUGGCUCCCAUUCACUGAUGCUUGAAAAACUCUCAAAUCACAUACUUCCAGUUAACACUCCCCCAUAUGAAAUCAUUGAAACCAUAGAUCCCUGACUCCACAGAAAUACCCUGAUUGCAGGCUUUCCUACACCCCUAAAUCACAGCAUCCACAGAAGCCUCUCAACUGAAUCCUAAACUCCCCUUCACCACUGAUUUCCACUGAUCACCAACUUGAUCCUGACAGGCUAACAAAACUAAUACCCAGCAAUUCUCCAAUUAUUGACUUCUACAGCCAUCAGUCGAGAGCAAAUCACAGUGGACCUUCAAAUAACUCACAUCACUAACUUCACAGUACCUCUUGUAAAUUCCUGAUUGUCAUAGCUUCCACCAAAAAAGAAAUAUCCCAAGCAUAGACCCCACAGAUCCUAAUCACCAUUACCCACAGGCAACCCCAAUCACUAAUUCCCAGAAGUAUCUAUUCACUGACCACCACUGGCCCCUCUAAACACUGAAUCCCACAACUUCCUCCAAUCCCUGAAUUCUGUAUAUCCCAACCAAUCCACAAACAGCAAAUCACUGACCUCUAUAGACUGUCAACACUAUAUCCCUAAAAAUAUCCCCCAAACCUGAGGCUCUGGCCCCCACAAUCACUAAAACCUAUAGUUCUCUAAUUUACUAACUUCUCACAAGUCUUCCCAUUCAUUUAUCUCCUAACAACACCCUCCCCUAUAGGCCUCAGAUUUUUCAGCUCCAGAGACGCUGUCAAUCACUGAUCUUCACCAAACCAGUAGAUUCCUCAUCCAACCUCUUCACAGACCUUCCUCCCAAAGGUACCACCUGAAAUCUCAGCAUCCCCAAAUUUAAGACACCCAUUUUCAGAUCUCCCUCCUUCUCAGAAUCCCCAGGAAAGCCCAUCAACCCCAAAUCUCCAGAGUGAUGGGAAGACGCUGGAGAUUUUGAGCAGUGGAGUGAAGUAAUCUCACUCAUUUCCACCCUUAUAAGUUUGCUCUGGAAGCUGUGUAGAAGACAGUUUUCCCUUGUGAAUGGAAAUCAAUGAAACGAAGAUUAGAGCCAAUAGCCAUUGCAACGUUUCUCAAAGUUGUCAAAAUAACAGACUUUUCCAUUUUUAAAAGGGACCAUAAUGUGCACCAGUCCUGUAAGUUGCACUGCAAAUUCUAUUUAUAUAUAAAUAACAAAAAUAAACCAACAUCUAAUACCCCUGAUCACGGAAACCUUUUCACAAUACACAGAGGAAGCAAUGAAGUACCACCCGCAUUAGGCGAGCUGUUUCUGGCUGACCUGUUGGGGGCGAUCCUGCGCCUUGCUCCACUUGCAGCCUCUUGUCCCAGCAGCCAAGCAUCAAAUCAGUCUGUCUUCCUCUUUGCUACCCUCAACCAGCUUCAACUGCAUUCCAAGCUGCUGAUAGAAAAUGGAGUUAUGAAUUCUUCCCCUCUCAUCUGCAGAUGAGCAGGAACAGAUAAAAGCACAGACAAUUGCAGAGAUCUUGGCGAGGCUGCAGCCUCUGCACCCCAUAGGUACAGGUCUUUCUAAGGCUACCUGUUAUCUCCAGGAUACGAAAUCAGAUGGACAUAUUUUCGGUCCUUAUUUUACUUGACAUUUCAGCAGCAUUUGACCUGCCUCCCUCUUUCCUUCAAUUUUUUAUAUACUAAGUUAUCAAUACAUCACAACAGGCGACUUCCUAAGACAGUACCAUUCCACACGUUUCCUCAUCAAUUAUCCUGCAGGAAAAUAAAAUCUCUUCUAUUCUGCCACCUUGUGGCUACUUCGUUUCCCCGCUUUGCUAGUUUUUAAUAUAAAGAAUCUGUGGUUUUAUGAAGACUGCUUUCCCAGAAGAAAAAUGGUUUGGUGUCUUGGCUUAAAGGACUUGCUUCUUUUUAGGGUAAAGGACUUGCUUUCUUUUCCCUUUUCAAGGCAAAAGGGGGAGCUGAUAGGGAAACUAGAUUUGGUUUAAAAAUGUGUAAGUACCCAGGAGGAAGCCAGAACCAGAGAAUGUGAAUCAGCUGUUUGAAGGGACAGUGUCCAGUGGAGAGGGAUAUGGAUGCAAGGCCAUGAGCAAAAGAAUGGAGAAAAGAGGAGUUGUUUGAAAGGAACUCAGAAUGCAACUAGCUGACUGAUAUGGUUUGGCUCUGUGUCCCCACCCAAAUCACAUGUUGAAUUGUGAUCCCAAGUGUUGGAGGUGGGGCCUGGUGGGAGGUCAUUUGAUCGUGGGGGUUUUCUUGCCCCUUGCUGUUCUCACGAUAGUGAGUUCUCACAACAUCUAGAUGUUUAAAAGUGUAUAGCUCUUUCUUUCUUUUCUUCUCUCUCUCUCUCCUCUUUUCUCCAUUCUUUUGCUCAUGGCCUUGCAUCCAUAUCCCCCCUCCACUGGACACUGUCCCUUCAAACAGCUUGUUCACAUUCUCUGGUUCUGGCUUCCUCCUGGGUACUUAUACAUUUUUAAACCAAAUCUAGUUUCCCUAUCAGCUCCCCCUUUUGUCUUGAAAAGGGAAAAGAAAGCAACUUCUUUACCCUAAAAAGAAGCAAGUCCUUUGAGCCAAGGCACCAAAUCAUUUUUCUUCUGGGAAAGCAGUCUUCAUAAAACCACAAGAUUCUUUUUAUUAAAAAUUCUCUCUCUCCUGCCGUCAUGUGAAGAUAUAUUUGCUUCCCCUUCAUCCUUCCUCCAUAAUUGUUAGUUUCCUGGGGCUUUCCAAGCCAUGGUUUCUGUCCAGCCUGUGGAACUGUGAGUCAAUUAAACCUAUUUUAUUUAUACAUUACCCAGUCUCAGGUAGUUCUUCAUAGCAGUGUGAGAACAGACUAAUACACUGACCUCAGCUUUCUCCUAGAAUGCGGGGUUACCCACGUUGGUGCUCUAGGCAGAAGAAUGCUUGUGUUUUUCCUGCCUGAUGGCAGAUACUUUGUCUUCAACUUCCUACUGGUUUUUUGCACUAGGCCUGUCACUCAGCAAAGACUAGUUGGUUCCUGAUAAGGGGGCCCCGGAGCAAUCUCCUUCUGCAGAAAACAGAUUCACUCACUGUGGCUGGCAGCAGCCAAAAGCAAGAGCUAUUCUUCAGACAAGAAUGAGUCAACAAAAUGAGGCUGCACUUGAGGAAUAGAAUAAUCUGAGGAAUUGCUAAAAUGUUUGAAGGCAAAAUAUACUUUUCUUUAACCAAAGUAGGCCAUUGUAGUGCAGAUGGCAGUUUGUAUCUGCCAUCCUUUAAAGAAAACACCAGAGAAGCAUCAAUUUGUCAGAAGGUGAAAUUUGCAAAGGCCUGUAGAGAAGUACUCAGUGUUUCUCAGUGGGGAUGUUAUGGAUGUGUUGGAUGAAACAGUUUCACCUCGUAGGGGACUGGCCUAUGCACUCAAGGGGGUUUAUCACCUCUGCAUCCAGGAUACCAAAUGUCAGUCAUUCUCUCCUGUUACUGUAAACACCAAAAAUGCUCCCCCUACCCCAUUUCCAAAACCUCUUCUAGAACUAGUGCUGUCCUCAGUUAAGAAACUCUGAAUCUUUUCGUUUUAAUCAAUAGGUAAAUUGAAGGCCAGAGACAGGAAUUUGCCUAAAUCACAGGUAAGACAUAAUAUAUACAAAACAGUAAAAGAUGAUUUGAUUUAUUGAAAACCCACUACACAGAGCUCCAGGACACAAGGAGUACAAUAUCUGGUCUCUAUGUUCAAAAGAAGAGAGGAAAACUGUGAAGGAACCAAUAUUUAUUGGGAAUCAAUUGCUUUCUAGCCCUUUCUAAACCUUUUCAUGUUACCUUUGCAAGAACUCUGAGGAAAUUGAAGCUCACAGAGGUCGAAUUUUGAGAGUCUCACUUUGUCAUCCUGUCUGGAGUGCAAUGGCAUGAUCUCAGCUCACUGCAGCCUCCGUCUCCCGGGUUCAAGCAAUUCUCCUGCCUCACCCUCUCUAGUAGCUGGGAUUACAGAGAUUUCAGGAGAGUGGUAUUCGGUUCUCUUGGCCUCUGACCGCAGGGAAAAGAUAGAAGAAGAUGGAAGCAUGAGGGUUUUUGUCAAACACACUGAUAACCUGGGGAACUCUUCUCUGACUUUUAAAUUGCAUGAAAUAUAACGGACACAAUGUCGUUGACAUACUUGAAACAGACUAUGAUAAUUAUAUUUUUUAUAACAAGAAUAUCAAGAAUGGGGAAACAUUCCUAAUGCUGGAGCUCUGUGCUCGAACACCAGAUGUGAGCUCACAACUCAAGGAGAGGUUUGUGAAAUAUUGUGAAGAACAUGGGAUUGAUAAGGAAAACAUAUUUGACUUGACCAAAGUUGAUCGCUGUCUCCAGGCCCGAGAUGGGGGAGCAGCCUAGGACUCCAGAACAAGAGACAAUUACUGGAUAACCACUUGGUGAAGAGAGAAGUGGAGUGUCGGGUUGAUUGGAAAGCCUGGUGCUGCACGUCCGACCUGGUCAGCAGUACCAAGAGCCAUUACCCAGCUGCCUGGAUUCCCACAACCUAACACAACUACCUGCAUUUUCCCAUGUUCCUGUUAAACCUGCAUUAGCACUGCACACAGUUUUCCUCAAAAACCCAAGAACAAUUUCACCUCUACACUCUUCUCCUUGCAGUUCCCUUUGUCUGAAAUACUCAUCCCCCAGAUGUCUGCACGAUGCACUCCCUCAUAACUUUCUGGCCCCUGGGGGUCACCUCAAAGAGGGUAGCCCCCAGAACCCCAAGAAUAAAGGAGUACUCUUUCCCCAGCC